CAUGUUAUAAUUGUCUUUUACGGCAACUUCUAAACUACCCGCCCUGUAAGACUUGGUUUCACCUCCUGGCAAGGUUUGCGUUAGUACCAGUCGAACACACGUUUGUACUAUCUUUAUGGCCAGAAGUUGGUAGUGCUGAAGUAUAAGACAUCAGGGAUCAGUCACGUCUCACGAAAAACUUUUGCGGCUGACCAGUUUUGAGUCUGUUCAUAGGACCAAGGGCGUUGUCACGUAUUAGUUUUAGAAACUUCUCGGGGUGUUGCUUGCCACAUCCAAGGCUGGCUACAUAAUUUCAUUCGUGUUUGUCACGGAGGGGAGGAGGUGAUUCCUAUUCGUCGCCAUCUUUUUGAGUGGGAUUCUAGCUAGCAAGUCAGCUAGGUUAGUCCUCAGGGCAACGAUAGGACUUAACUCGGCUUGAAAUUCUUUGCCAUCUUUACUGUCAACAAAACGUUUUUGUAUUUGGAAGUCUCGGCAGUAGCGGCAGGAAACGAGACAAGAAGGGCAGCCUACGUUAUAAACAAGGCCAUACGAAUCAAAUCUCUGCUCCAACGAUACUCUAUCCAGACGAACUGACUGCGCCCCGUUCUCUUUUGGAUGACUUAACCUUAGCUAGCUAGUUAGCUCACUAGCCUUGGCUAACUACUUGCUAGCUACUUUGUGCGCAUUGAAUCUUGUCCCAGACCUGGCCUUUUGGACGGGUAAGUAAGUUUGACAUUCUUACGCAACGGUUUGCAUUAUAUACACCGACAAAUACAGAAGUCGCAUAACCAUGUGUAUAUUCUAUCCUCGACAUUGCAUCAUGUGGGGAUAGCUAACUUGUUUUCAAUUUCUGUAAUCGAUGCUUGUUUGAUUGCUAGCGAUAGUUAGAUAGCUAACUUAGCUCCUGUCUAGCUAGGAGCUAGUGGCUUUAAUCUGAAUUUAGCUAGCUUGUUAAUGUGUCACUUAGAGAAACAAACUACAUACACAUUGUAGCGUGGAGACUUUGGAGUAGCCAAAGGCUGAGAACCACCCAACUGAUGCCUAACAAGCGUUAAAGUUAUCUGUCUGUGAUGUGACGUGAGGUAGUAAGCGAGUUAGUCUCCAUAGCUUUCUCCAAAUCCAACCUAGCUAGCGAGCAACUUGUGUUGGGCAAACUGACUGGCAGUCAGCGUCAUUUGAACUAACUUAAGUUUGUCAGUUCGUUUGUCUUGGUUUUAUGACAUGGCUUUGUAACAGUUUGAUUUGUAUCAUCUUUGUGAAGGCCAAUGGACUGUUAACGGAUUUAACUUACUGUUACUUGUCACUUUGUUUCUAGCCCUCUAACGUUAUGUGAUCCAGUUGGCUAACCUACCCAUUAGCUUAUUAGCUUGUUUUGGUGCAGUGGCGUAGCUCACCGUGUUUUUCUGUAGUGAUAAAUGUCAUGCAAUAAGACUCGUCAACUUUCACAGAAGGACACGAAAGGAUUUCACGCCAUGGAUUUGGGAAACUUGUUUGGAAUUCAGUUGCCUUAACCAAAAACAGCAUAUUGCGAGCAUCCGUUGCUGCUGUCACCUGGAAACAACGACGGCUACCUUGAUCGCCAGUGUCAGCGAAAAUGUAUAACGAUUGGAAUUGCACACAAUUAUGUCAGGAAGCACAUUGUUUUCUUCAAGUAUUUACUUGAUACUGUGUUCCUCUGACUCGCUUAGCCGUUUCAUUUAGUCAUGACCCUCCCUAUUUUUCUCCCCAGCGCAGCCUCGCUGGCGGUGGUAACUCGUGCUGUUCUUGUGAACAAAAAGGCAUGUAAUAGAGUCUACGACUGUCCAAAACAGGGCGUUCACACCAACUGAUAAGACCAAUCAUAAGCCAUGUAAACAAAGAAGCUGGCAUAAGUAAGUCAUCGAUUAAUAGUUUGUGUAACGUUAUUACUUGUUCGUGAACAGCAUUCAUGGCUAGCUAGAAACGUUAACGUUCUGACGUGCGCCGCAUUCCUCAUUCUAUGUUGACAUUGCGUAACACUCACUAGUCAGCAAGCCUCUCAGCGUCUCACUGUCCACACGGCGACCUAGGUACUUCUUCAAUCAAGUCUUACUGUGUCAUAUAUAUGUUUUGAAACCUUUUUGACCGAACCUCAUUCACCUUAUCCUACAGCUACAUAAUAUUAUGACCGCAAACUAUACUGCGUAACCUUAUUAGUUCAAGUAAACAUUGAACCUCAAGGUGCCCAUGCAAACACUUCCUCCCUCUCGCAGAUGAGUCAUCGGCGGGGGCUGACGCAGCGCAGUCGCACUCGCACGCUCAGAUAGUCCCCGGCGAGCGCGGCUGCGUCGGGCUCCCAGCAUGCCCCCCACCAACCGGGCAGGGAGCCUGAAGGACCCCGACAUCGCCGAGCUCUUCUUCAAGGAGGACCCAGAGAAGCUGUUCGCCGACCUCCGUGAGAUUGGCCAUGGCAGCUUUGGCGCAGUCUACUUUGCACGGGAUGUGCGGACAUCAGAGGUGGUGGCCAUCAAGAAGAUGUCCUACAGCGGGAAGCAGUCUAAUGAGAAAUGGCAGGAUAUCAUCAAAGAGGUCAAGUUCCUUCAAAGAAUACAGCACCCCAACAGCAUAGAGUACAAAGGCUGCUAUCUGCGGGAACACACAGCAUGGCUGGUCAUGGAGUACUGCUUAGGGUCGGCCUCAGACCUCCUUGAGGUCCACAAAAAGCCCCUUCAGGAAAUGGAGAUUGCAGCAAUAACGCACGGUGCUCUGGAGGGCCUGGCCUACCUUCAUUCCCACAACUUGAUUCACAGAGAUAUUAAAGCUGGGAACAUCCUGCUGACGGAGCCCGGACAGGUCAAACUGGCAGACUUUGGCUCGGCCUCCAUCGCCUGUCCUGCAAACUCCUUUGUGGGCACGCCAUAUUGGAUGGCCCCAGAGGUGAUUCUGGCUAUGGAUGAGGGGCAGUAUGACGGCAAGGUGGAUGUCUGGUCCCUCGGUAUCACCUGUGUAGAAUUAGCGGAGAGGAAGCCCCCUCUGUUCAACAUGAAUGCAAUGAGUGCCUUAUACCAUAUAGCGCAGAAUGAGAGCCCAUCACUACAGUCUAGUGAAUGGACGGAUUACUUUAGAAACUUUGUUGAUUCAUGCCUUCAGAAACUCCCCCAGGACAGGCCGACCUCUGAGGACCUACUGAAACACGCCUUUGUCUCGAGGGAGAGGCCAGACACAGUCCUGAUGGACCUCAUCCUGCGCACCAAGGAGGCGGUUCGGGAGCUGGACAAUCUGCAGUACCGCAAAAUGAAAAAGCUCCUGUUCCAGGAGGCGCACAACGGCCCUGCCGUGGAGGUUCAGGACGGAGAGGAGGAGUCUGAGCAUGGCGUGGGUCGAACUGGCACGGUGAACAGCGUGGGCAGUAACCAGUCCAUCCCCAGCAUGUCAAUCAGUGCCAGCUCCCAGAGCAGCUCCGUCAACAGCCUGCCCGAUGCCGCAGACGACAAGAGCGAGCUGGACAUGAUGGAGGGAGACCACACGGUCAUGUCCAACAGCUCCGUCAUCCACCUCAAACCAGGAGAAGAAGCGGGCUACCGCGAGGAGCCAGAACCCCGCAGCCGGCCGCCAGAGGCUCAGGCUGCACCUAUACAGCACGUGCGGCACAAGCACAGAAACCGCGAGCACUUUGCCACCAUCCGUACCGCCUCACUGGUGACGAGGCAGAUGCAGGAGCACGAGCAGGACUCUGAGCUGCGGGAGCAGAUGUCGGGCUACAAGCGCAUGCGGCGGCAGCACCAGAAGCACCUGAUGGCGCUGGAGAACAAGCUGAAGGCGGAGAUGGAUGAGCACCGCCUGCGCCUGGACAAGGAGCUGGAGACGCAGAGGAACAGCUUUGCUUCCGAGAUAGAGAAGCUCGUCAAAAAACACCAGGCAUCCAUGGAGAAAGACGCAAAGACCUUUUCCAACGAUGAGAAGAAGUUCCAGCAGCACAUUCAGGUUCAGCAGAAAAAAGAGCUGAGCAGCUUCCUCGAGUCCCAGAAACGAGAAUACAAGCUACGCAAGGAGCAGCUGAAAGAGGAGCUUAAUGAGAACCAGUCGACGCCCAAGAAGGAGAAGCAGGAGUGGCUGUCCAAGCAGAAGGAGAACAUCCAGCACUUCCAGGCGGAGGAGGAGGCCAACCUGCUGCGUCGCCAGCGCCAGUACCUGGAUCUGGAAUGCCGGCGCUUCAAGAGGCGCAUCCUCAUCGCCCGCCACAACGUGGAGCAGGACCUGGCCCGAGAGGAGCUGAACAAACGUCAGACGCAGAAGGACCUGGAGCACGCCAUGCUGUUGCGCCACCACGAGUCCAUGCAGGAGCUGGAGGUGCGGCAGCUGGGCAUCAUCCAGAAGAUGCGCGCCGAGCUCAUCCGACUGCAGCACCAGACCGAGCUCACCAACCAGCUGGAGUACAACAAGCGGCGGGAGCGCGAGCUGCGCCGCAAGCACGUCAUGGAGGUCCGCCAGCAGCCCAAGAGCCUCAAGUCCAAGGAGCUUCAAAUCAAAAAGCAGUUCCAGGACACGUGCAAGAUCCAGACCCGUCAGUACAAGGCCCUGCGGAACCACCUGCUGGAGACGACGCCCAAGCCGGACCACAAGGCCGUUCUGAAGCGGCUGAAGGAGGAGCAGACGCGCAAACUGGCCGUCCUGGCCGAGCAGUACGACCACUCCAUCAACGACAUGCUCUCCACGCAAGCGCUGCGUCUGGACGAGGCUCAGGAGGCCGAGUGCCAGGUGCUGAAGAUGCAGCUGCAGCAGGAGCUGGAGCUGCUCAACGCGUACCAGAGCAAGAUCAAGAUGCAGACGGACGCCCAGCACGACCGCGAGAGGAAGGAGCUGGAGCAGAGAGUGUCGCUCCGGAGGGCCCUGCUCGAACAGAAGAUUGAGGAGGAGAUGCUGGCCUUGCAGAACGAGCGGUCGGAGCGCAUCCGCUCACUGCUGGAGCGUCAGGCGCGCGAGAUCGAGGCCUUCGACUCGGAGAGCAUGCGCUUGGGCUUCAGCAACAUGGUCCUGUCCAACCUGGCCUCCGACGUCCACAGCCACAGCUUCCCAGGGGCCCCCGGGGUCUGGAACGCCCAGCACAGCGGCGCCAGCUCCCAGGGGCUGCACUGGGGAGGCGGCGGGGGCGGGAGCAGUGGCCACCACGGAGGCAGCCAGCACCAUCACCAUCCCCAUCACCAGGGGAGUGGCGGAGGCCUCCAGCAGCAGCAGGCCUGGGCCCACGGGCUGCCUGCGGGGGGGCCGCCGCCCUGGGGCCUCCACGGUUCGGGGGGGAGCCAGAGGUCGAGCGGCGGGGGCAGUGGAGGGGUGCGGAACAGCCCCCUGGAGGUGCGGAGGACCUCCUCCGGGAGUCGGAGCGAGCAGGGUAUGAGCAGGAGCGCCAGCAUCGCCUCACAGAUCUCCAAUGGGUCGCAUUUGUCCUUCACGUAAAGCCUCCCUUACACCAACCCCCCCCCACCCCACCUGUUACUAAAUGCCCGCCUGGUGUCCCACGUGAUGGUGGGGGACUUGGUGUGGUAAUGAGAAAGGAGGAGUGGUGGGGGUGGUCCUGGGGAUGGAGAAUUGGCACAAGGAUGGACUAACACCAAACCCCCCCUCCCCCUCCUCCUUUACAUUUUUCUCAUUCUUUCCCACCCUUUCUUUCUUUUUCUCUCUUUGUCUCUCCCAUUUAAUGUGUCCGUUCUGGCCGCUCCCUUCUCAUCAGUUUUAAAGAUGUUUCUUCUUGCUUCAGUUCUUUCGUAUGGAAGCAAGUCCUACUACAUCCGGGCAGUUCUGAAGGUUUAAGGUGCCGAGUUGUGGUCGUUAAUCCUCCCCCGCACCCCCAAAUCAGGUUGUUGUGAUGUGGAUCCUAGUCAGUGUGAAAAUGUACAUAUUAGGGAAUGUCAGGGGAGCACUGAAGCAUUUGAAGAGCUCAGUACAAGCUAUGCUAUGGGGCUGUGCUGAGGGACUUUCAGGGGAUAGUUCAGACAGGGUGAAUGUUUGCUAACUGAUGGCACGUGUAGCCAUUACUUUUAUUUGACUGUUUACAAAAUGGCGAUCAUCUGAAAUGAUUUUAGGCUCUGUUCCUAUUGCUUAAAGCCAUCCACUUUAGAGUGUUACCAUUACAGCUAAACAAACCUUUUUGGUACACUGAUUGGUCUCCGUUUGCCAUACACUUGUUUGCAAUGGACUCACAAUGAAUUGUGGGAUUGUAGGAUUUGUUUUAACAAACGGUAACAAAUAAUUAGUGCCAACUACCAGCUAGAAUGGGGGUAAAACACUCAUGGGUAGCUAGUGUCAAAGAAGUUAAUUUUACGUCACUUCACAGGUGAAAUCCGCACAAUGGAUCACACUUAUUUUAUAUUUAAAGUAUAUUUGAAUAUGAUUUUAAUAGGUUUUAAUUUGAUCUGAUUUUAUUGCUGCAGCCCUCCGUUUCUUCCCAGCCAUGGUGAGACUGCUGGGUCUUGUGGAUCUAACUCCCAUCUCAAAAGUGUCCAUGAAGUCUUUAAAAGACCCUUCCAGUUUGCCAUCUGUCUCUUGGGCAGCUGUGCCAAAGUGGGGACGGAAGCAGGGAAUUGUGAUAGAACUUAAAAGGUCGUCCUGUCCAUUUUGGAGCUUCAGAAUUAGUUGACCGGUGUCUGAUUUGGGAACUCCGAAUCAGAAAUGUGGGCUCAAGGUUAGAGGGAAAAAAAAGGAAGGUGCUUGGUCAGAUUAGGAUGUAAUAAAUUAUGGUGGGUCAUGAUGUAAUGAUUUGUGAAGUCUUUUACGGCUUACUUGGAAUGUGUUUGUGCAUAUGCAGUCUAGACUCAGGAAAAGAGAAAUGGUCUUUGGUUGACAGAUGAUUACAAAGGGCUUGAAUGCACCUUAGCACUGGUACUGAGGGACAACUAGUGACUGCUGGUGCAGAGAGAAGUAGUUGCCUCCAAGUGUCUAUAGACCAGUAUACUACUGUGAGAUGAUUGGUAUGUAAUGGUUGUCCCAGGAAAGGCUGCUGAGGAUACUGAGGGUAUGUUUGGUUGAGUUUGGUUGUGUAUGUGGAAUGUUCUAGUGCAGGGUAUGGUCUGAGAUUUAACGCAGAAGACAGGCGUGGGGUGGAGAAACCAAACCAGAACCUUCGGCCUCUUGUCACUCAGACCUCCAAAUGCCAAAGCCAAAUGCUGUCACUGCGUCUAUGCAAAAGCACACUGCACAAAAAAAAAGUAACAUAAGAACAAUUAACAAUGAACAAUCAAUUCAGUCUGUUACCCCACACACAUUUGCCAAAAGUGAUGACCGUAUACUUGUACAAUUCUGGCCAUUCACUGUGGUGAUUUGCCACAUGCUUUGUCCCAUCUGUAUACAGUCCCAUGGGCCUCAAGCAUGCAUUUAACACUCAAACCAAUUGUGCCACCACUACUACUACUACUACUACUACUACUACUACUACUACUACUACUAGAUCAUGCUGCUUUCCUUAAUAACUCCACCUUGUGUCAUCUUUAUACCCUUUAUUCCCCCACCCCUCUCUCCCAGUACCCCUGUGUCUCCCCCCCUCCCCAGUGUUGGUGUCAGGAGGCUGUGAAUGGUGAUGUUGAUUAGAUGUGGGGGGGGGGGGGGGAUUGGUUGGCUUUGCGACUAAUGAAUGUCUUGUCACAGGCGGCUCAGGUGCCGCUGCUGUUGCCCUCGCAAAACUCCCAUCGUUCCAGGCAUCCCUCUCGACUGCCCUCCUGCCCCUCCCGGCCAGGAGUCAGACUGCCCAACUGAGACCCCCCCAACCAACCACCCUCCCUCCCUCCCCUUUCAGAGGAGUGUUUUACCGAUGACUUCAGAGAGUUUGUACAAAAAUAAAUCAAUGUCUAAAUGAAAAAGCUUGGAAAUUGUUACUAAUACCAAGGGUGACAUGGCUUGGAUAUAUAUAGUCUUCAAGAGACGGUAUAAAGUAUGGGAUGUAUAGGAAAAGUUUGUUUAUACUGUAUAUUUAGAAUAAAAAUAUAGAAUAAAUCUAAAACAAAUGUAAGGAGAAAAAAAACACUAAAUUGAAUUGCUUGUAUGUAAAGACAAAUAAGAAUCAACUUGGUUUCUAACAUGAAUAUUCAAAGAGAAUUAACAGCAUACAAAGGAGGUUCAAGACAUAAGUGAAAAACAAAAACAAACAAAAAGCCAAAUUGGUGGAAGUGGAACACACCAUGUAUUCAUCCUGUCAUAUCUGCUAUCGUCUGUCUCUGUGUUUCUCUCUCUCUCUCUCUCUUUUCAGUGGUUUAUUGCAAACAUCACAGUGAACUCUGAGCAUUUCUUUAUGGACCCCUUCAUCAUAUAGACCCCCCACAAACACACACACACACAGACACACAUUUGGGCCAGGUGAGGGACAGGGGUUUCUCUCUCUGUUAAACGUCACAUAAUUGUGUGUUAGAGUAUAUUAAUGUUUUAAAUGACAUUCAGAGAGGCGAUACCCUAGGAGAAACCUUUGCACAGUGUUUUUGGUGCCGAUGGGUGCUUUAGUCUCCCAUAAAAAAAAUUCCCCGUUUCUUUUUACCCAGUGCAGGAGAUUAUUUAACAGACAUUUUCACUCUUGUAAGAUAACAAUCACAUUGGGAGCUCAACAGUGACUUCCAUUUUAUUUCCAUGACCAGACCACAGUACCCAAUCCCCGUUCUUUUACUUGCGCCCAUAGUCCGGUCUACCUCCAGCAGUUCAAAGAGGAAAUCCCUCGUCCUCCAGGGCUUUUGAAUGUCUUCAGUACAACAACAUGUGUGUCUUGCGUCCUAAUAAAUAUGCACGGCACCCACUGACAUGUUGCGACACGACACAAAGAAGCCAAACUCGUUUUAGACCAGCAUUUAGCGAGUCCUACAGGACUGGUGCUAGGGAUGAGACAAGAGCACAAUGCCGUAUAUGUGUAUGCUCGCCAUCUAGUGGAGGAAUGUGGUACUGCGGGGCAUUUGCGCUCUCCAACCCUGUUUUGAGAACUGUUUUCUAAAGCAUGAGAAUUGGUUAAACACAGUUUCAAACGAGGCGGUCACCUCUGCAUAUAGUGUUUCGCCAGUAUUCCUGAAACUUAUGGUGGAUUUUUUUAUUUUUUUUUGUCUCAAUGAUUCAACAUUACCAUAACAAUUCACAUAUAACCUGUAUUAAAUGUAUAGAUUGUGAAAAGCUGAAUGUUUGUGAGAUUACAAAAAUGUACAAAUAUUCUUAACAAGCAACAGAGAAUAAAUGUAAAAAAGAAAAGAUUCAGAAAAAACUUUAGGGGACAAAUGUAAUGUUUUGUUUGUAAUUACUCCAUUUGUUGGCAGAGGGCUACUGGACAAAGAAUCAAAUGUAAUAAAGUAAUUUUAGUAUA